GCGCGCCGCGGGGCUGCAGCGGCGGAGCGGGCGCGGUGCAAUGCGAGGCGGUGUGAUGUGCGAUGCAGGGCGGCACCCCGCGCAGUGCCGGGCCCGGGCCCGCCGAAGGGCCCCGCGUCGCUCUUGGCUUUGCCACCCGCUGCUGCUUCGGGGGUGAUUUACAGCCUUUCGGCCGCGCAGAGGGGAAGUUCCCCGCCGAAGGGCUGUAAAUCACCCCCGCAGCAGCAGCGUUGGUGACGUGCCGACAUCCGCUGUCCUCGCGUGACACCGCCCCGCCCGCAGCCGCGCUCCGCCGCCUCACUGAAGGGCUUUAUGUAACCGCACCGCGGCUCGGCCCCUCCUCACGAGCGGCGCUUUUCCAGUCCCACCGCUCGGAGCGCUCGGAAAUGCCUCGCACGGAGAUGUCCCGUGCUGCACAGCGCACGUUCAGCUUCUCGGGGCCGCGUUUCUCUCCCGAGAGCCGCCGGGCGCUGUAAGACCCCACUGAGGGUGCGGGAGGCGGGCAGGGCGCGCUGCUGGCGGCCCGGGGCUGCGUGCUGGCCCUUCUCCGGGCCCGCCGAGCCCGAGCGGUUCGGGCCGGCAGCGGGCUGGGUUUGCCGCCUGGAAAGCACAGGCCUGCAAAGAAAGGCGUCGAUAAUCGGUAGUAACGUCGUUGCAUAACGAGCGAUCGGCUGAUUUUAAGAAGGAACGGGUUUGGUCGCGUUCUACGUCGGAGGAGUUACGGAUCUGAUGGGUCCGGCUGUGGUUCACACGAGCAAGAAGUCACAAAAGGUCUCCUGCGGGCUCAGCACCGCCGUUCUGUGCAGUGAGGGCAGCUGUGAUGGACCACAGGAAAGGUUAAUCCUCUCCUCUGAGGGGACCUGGUUGAGGCAGGAGUUCAUAAAUAGACUCAUAGAGUUGAGUUAGAAGGGAUCCUCAGAGGCCAUCUAGUCCAACUCCCCUGCCACGUGUGGGGACGCACACAGCUCCAUCAGGUGGCCCUGAGCCUGGUCCAGCCCGGCCUUGAGUGAGGGACUGGCCGUGACCCAUCCUGCCCUGAUGUUACUGUUGCUGUGACAGCGUUUGGGAGGAAAAGCGGUGCCGCUCCUUCCCUUCCCUGCAGCCCAGGUUGGCACUGAGCCUUCACAGCCCAGCCGACACCGCCUCCCUCACCCCAACGCCUUCACCAGACAGCCAGGCCUCUGCAACAAACGCCUUUUGGUGUUACGGUUUGGAGAUGUUGAUCAUCCUGCCCUAUUUUUGCAGCACUUCUGCUUGUCAGAGUGCAGGAGAGGUGCAAUGCUGCACCACGUGGAUUAAAUUUGGGCUGUCAUUCAGCAUUCGGGUCAGGAGAGAGCACGGAGAAGGUUCACCAUCUUGUUUCAUACGCUGCUUAUUUUGGACUGUAGGAGAGUAAAAUAGAAAUAAUGCUCAGCAGCAAUCAACAUAAACCCGCUUUUUGCUUACAGAGAGAAGCUUUCAAAGCUGUUGCAACGUUUAAAGCAUAAUCCAGCACACAAAACCAGUCCAAGGCAGUUCAUAUCUACGCUGCCGGUUCGAUCUUUCUUCCACAAACCUGAUGAUUCAGAGGGCAAAAUCAACCCACGGGCAAAGCAUUGUCCAGAGAGCAGAGGUUGAGGCAGAUCUAUGCAUGCUAGCAAGCUGUGUGUCUCCUACAGCUUGCUCCACACCCACAGUUAAUGAGUAAUCGAUGGAAAUCAGCAGCAUGGGUUGCAGCAUAGGUUGAGGCAGAGCCUGUGUGCUCUUGCUGGUGUGGUGAGCAAAAGCCAGGCUCGAGCCUGGGCUGGUUGUGUGGCUGCUUACUUGAUGAAGUCAGAGGAAAGGCCAAACAAUGCAACAGUAAAAGGCCGGAGCAGCAUCUGGAUGAACAUCAGAGGCUGGGACUCCAUCACUUGGCUUUGGGAUCUGCACCCUGCAGCUGGCUGUUGGCCAUCCACGGUCUGCAGAUGUGGAGCAGCAGCUUUGGUUGCUCCGCAGCAGUAGGAAUGGGAAAUCCUCUCACCUGGGAGGUGCAGCAUUGACCCCAGAGGGGAGGACACGGCCCCUCAGAACAGUGUGCUCAGAUCUGGAUGUUGAUUCUGAAGCUGCCGGGGCUCUGCAGCAGCAGUGGUGACCAGGACAUGGCAAGUGUGACCUUCCCUUUGGCUCCCAGGAUAUGGUCACAGUGUGUCCCCAAGUGCAGGCACCACCUCUUCCAUCACUGGGAGAGUGAAAGGCCCACCAUCAGCUGGGCUGUGGGACACCCAGGGGUUCGGGACAAAGCCUGGGCCCCAGCAUGGGUCAGGCAAGGUGAGGCUUCCAGUGAAGAACCCCUGAGCAGUCUGAAACCUUUGGACUGUUUGUUAAAGCCACAGAAAUCCUAGAAUGGAGAAACAUAUGUCUGGAGCAGGUUUGCUUUGCCAAAUGGAGCAGCGUCACAUGCCCGUCCCACGUUCUGCAUACAUGCAGUCCCCAGGCGUUUUGCAGCCUCCGAUAGGAAAAUUGCUGCAUGUGAUCAGGGCUUCGUCAGGUCAGCUGGAAACAAAGCACUGUGCUGCCACAUGCUGCAGGACAGGCAUUGGGAUGGUGCUCAAGGAGUGGCAGUGUUCAGGAUAAUAAGCCCAGCCUAAUGCUGACAACCAGACGCUGGCCCAGCCGUGGCCCCAGGACUGAGAGCACAGCACUGAGGGAUAUAAGAAUGAAAAGCACCAGCACCGUGUCCCGCAGUGAGUAGUUCCUGGGCAGGAUAGUGCUCAGCCACCAGCCUGUUCCAUCAUCCCAUGUGUAUCACAAUGUAAUCCCGUGGCUCAGUUUCCCAUACAAAAAACACAUGACUGCUGGGAGCCAUGUGAGGGAGGCAAAGGAGAACAAGGUCCCAAACCACUGCUGUGAAGAAAAUCCUUCCCCAUCGGUGAGCAGCACCAGGCUUCCUCUUAAAGGCAGAAGGCUGAACCAAUGGAAAACUGAAAUAAAGGAAAAGAGCCUGUUGGCAUUUUCAAGCAAUCAGACCUCAUUGUCUGAGGGAGGUAACAGCAGCCACCAUCUGCUCCUGCUCAGGAAUAACAGCGGUUCUUCCUGCAAGGGGAAGAACAACCCCAAGUGCUGCCUUGUGAAUCCUGGUGCCGAUGCUUCCGUCUGUACAAAAAAGCCAAGGACUGCUCUAUUUCCUCCGUGCCUUUGCAGCAUUUUGCACAGAGGACAGCAGAGUUGGUUUAAAGGACACUUUGCUUGUGAGCAGGCACACAGAGAUGAGGCACAGUUCAGACCAAGUUUCUGGCUGAACUCCAGCCUCACCUGUGGGUAAGAUGCUGUGUCUGUUACCAGCUGGAGGGGAGCUGAGCUGGGCCUGUGUGUGCAGGGAUCCAGGAUCUGGGCUCUUCUUACAUCAGACUUGAUUCAGCUCGGUUGCAGUGCCUUUGGGCUCAUCUUAUUUCCAUACCUACAGCACUGGCUUUGGCCAAGCAUGCAGCAUCAUGUUCCUGCCCUGCGGAGCUCUCAUCUCAGGUGACAGCAUCAAGCCGGAAGCAAGUUUGAUAACUUCCAGGCAUAGCAAUCAAAUGUUAUGAUUGGCGAUGUGACCAGUGCUUCACUCCAUGUUCAAAGGGUGCAAAGACAUAGAAGUUAUACAUCUUUUUAGGGAAUCAAAGCCAGCACGUGAAGUAGUGCUGCAGCUGUGGAGAUGGAGGAGCUGCUCCCAGGGACAACCCAAGAGAUUUGAUUUCUUUCUGGUUUCCAUAUAUUCUGUUUUCUUUGGUACUGCUGCAAUUUGAGCCAGCACUUCUGCACAACCAGGAAAAGGUCAUCAAUCAGCUGCUUCCUUCUGCUUCUCUGCAAUGUUAUAUUUUGAAAUAUAUCCCUGACAAACUAAAAGAAGUGUUGGAGCGAUUCCAUGGGAAACAUCAGUACAGUAACCAGAUCUGUAGUGUACAACAUCUGUCAGGAUAAUGUGACCCCUCGCUGGCUUUGAUGUGAUGGAAGCAGGCUGCAGAGCUCUCCCUGAGAAAGUCCCCCUUCGCCUUCACCAGAUCUUAAGGCAGCCCCAACACAAAGCUUCUCUAAACCAAAAUGAGCAGCGGAGUGGAAACAUGAAGCCCCUUAGAUGGGGAGCUCUGAUACACACGGAGCGCCAGCCGUGCAGGGAAGGAAGGGUUACAGGAAACGUGGGCUCUGCUCUGAGCAGCACACAGGGAGCUGUGCCUUGAUCAAAGGCUUCUGGCAGAGGGCGGCCUGGGAAGUGGGGCUGCCUCCUUCCCAAAGUGAUGCAUGUGGGGCUGCAGCAGGCAGCAGUGGGAUUCCUUCUCCCCCCGGCAUCCCCUCCAAGUAAGGCCAGGGCUGAACUCCAAGGGGGUGCCGCAGGAGCCCUUUUCCUCCACUGGAGGAGCUGAGAGCUGAGGAAAAACCUUGCCCUCUGCACAGGAGAUGGGGAGCAGCCCCAGCUCUGAGCAAGACAGCAAGAACAGAGCGACAUCUGCACACAGCAUAGGGUGGGAGGGAGCUGGAGCCAGCCAAGCAGCUCUUCAAAUGAAGUCCUGUUAUGCUUCUCAGCCAUCUUGGCUCUUGAAAUCCAGGGAAUUCCCUCUCUGUCCCUGUAGCCCUGACUUGGCACCAAAAAUUCCCCUCUCAUGAUGCAAGCGACCCCAGACCCUGUCCCCAUAACACUCGUGACCUUUCCCUACCAAUCCCUUCAGUCCCAAGGCUGUGGUUGCCAAGCUCCAUGUCUUGCUCAGCCCUUUGGCUUUCCAAAUGUAUGGUAACUGUUUAGUCACAGCCUGAACCGCUGAUUGAGCACCUGGGGAAAGGGCCCAGUCAGUACAGGUGAAGGCAAUUCAGAAAAGGAGUGGAGCCUGGCUGCACCUCUCUGAGACCCCAUUUAAGGACUGACUGCCACUGGGGAAGGUUCCCUGCUUGGAGAUCCAUCCUUUGUGGAAACUUUCCUGUGAGCCUAGGCCUUCAGAGAUGGACAGUGUCCUCGUUGAGAAGUGAGGAGGAGCCUCUGCCUGCUGUGCCUGGAGCCCAUCAGUCUCUGAGUGACCAGCAAGGUGAAUCAGCAAAGGAUGGCGACAAGCACAAGCAGUAGUACCGAAAGAAUACCAGGCUGCCAACAAAGGAGCAGGAGGAUGCUAAGAGUGGAGGAAGCCCAGCAGUUCAUCUGGCAGAAACCUGCUUCUGAGAAGCAGAGGAGAGGGGACAAAAGAGCAAAGAACAAAGCAAAGCCUGCUCUUUUACCUAUGGCAAAUGUGGCCAUGAUUGAUUAUACCUUGGAGUUCCUAACAGCAACUGGAGUAGAAGAAACCUUUGUUUUCUGCUGCUGGAAGUCAGCUGAGAUAAAAGAGCAUUUACAAAAAUCCAAGUGGUGCCGCCACACCUCUCCCAACACGGUGCGCUUUGUGACUUCAGACCUGUACCGCUCCCUCGGCGAUGUGCUGCGAGAUGUUGAUGCCAAGUCCCUUGUUCGUUCUGACUUCAUUCUUGUCACUGGGGAUGUGGUAUCCAACCUCAAUAUAUCCAGAGCCUUGGAAGAGCACAAGUUGCGUCGUAAGAUGGAAAAGAAUGUUUCUGUGAUGACGAUGAUUUUCAAGGAGUCCUCACCUGGUCACCAUGCCAGGUGCAAAGAGGAUGACAUUGUUAUUGCUAUGGACAGUGCCACAAACCGUGUCCUUCACUAUCAGAGAACCCAGGGGCUGAAACGCUUCCGCUUUCCUAUGAGUCUGUUUCAGAACACUAUUGAGAAUGUUGAGGUGCGCCAUGACUUACUGGAUUGUCACAUCAGCAUCUGUUCUCCACAGGUGGCUGAGCUUUUCACAGACAAUUUUGACUACCAGACACGGGAUGACUUUGUGCGUGGUCUGUUAGUGAAUGAGGAGAUCCUGGGGAACCAAAUCCAUAUGCACGUAACGACAGAAGAGUAUGGUGCUCACAUAUGCAACCUGCUAAUGUAUGAAGCUGUGUGCUCUGACAUCAUCAGGCGCUGGGUUUAUCCUUUGACUCCAGAGAUGAACUUCACUGACGACAAGAAUCAGAAUUACACCCAUUCUAAACACAACAUCUACCGGGGAGUGGAUGUUAGCCUCGGUCAUGGCAGCAUGCUGAAAGAGAACGUACUCAUUGGGCAGGGAACAGUCAUCGGCAGCAACUGCUCAAUAAUGAACAGUGUUAUUGGGCAGAACUGUAGGAUAGGUGAUGAAGUCACUUUGGAUGGAGCUUUUCUCUGGGAUGGAGUACACGUAGCAGAUAAUGUGCAGAUCCACCAUUCCGUUAUCUGUGAUGAAGCUGAAGUGAAGGAGAAAGUAAAGCUAAAACCCCACUGUGUCCUCUCCUCACAGGUAGUUGUUGGUCCUGACAUCACUCUUUCAGAGGGCACAGUGAUCUCUCUGCACCCACCAGAUGAGGAGGAGGAGGAUGAUGACCAGUUCAGUGAUGAUUCUGGUGUGAACAAAGAGGAGAGCAAAGUGAAGCUGAAAGGUUACAACAAGAAGGAUGUAGGCUCAGAAGGCAGAGGCUAUCUCUGGAAAGCAGAUGACAAAAAUGAAGAUGAUGAAGAGCAGAGACAGAGUCUAUGGGGCCCAGCUAUGCUUUCAGAAGAAGAGAGUGAGUCAGACAGCGACCUGAGCAUGGGCUCUGAGGAGCCAGACAGCCGGGCAGCAUCCCCUCAGCUAGACGACAUCAAAGUUUUCCAGAAUGAGGUUCUGGGUACGUUACAGAGGGGUGAAGAAGAAAACAUUUCUUGUGACAACCUGGUCCUGGAAAUCAACUCUCUCAAGUAUGCAUAUAACAUCAGUCUGAAUGAGAUGAUGCAGGUGCUCAGUAAAGUGAUUCUGGAAUUCCCAUUACAGCAGCUGGAUGCAAACCUGGACUCCCAGAACUAUUUCUCAGCAUUACUUCCUCUGUUGAAGAACUGGACCCCACUGUUUAAGAACUACAUAAAACGUUCAUCAGAUCACUUGAAUGCCUUAUUUGCCAUUGAGGAAUUCUUCCUGGAACACGACAGUCUUUGCACAUCAAUAGCUAAAGUGUUGAUGACGUUUUACCAGCUGGAAAUUCUGGAAGAAGAUGUAAUUCUCAACUGGUUCUCUCUGCGGGACACAUCUGACAAGGGAAAGCAGCUUCGUAAAAACCAGAGGCUUCAGAAGUUCAUCCAGUGGCUGGAGGAGGCAGAAGAAGAGUCGUCUGAUGGCGACCAAGACUGACGUGGUGACUUGGCAUGAGAAGGGGCACUCUCACUGCCUUUCUGGGCUGAGUGGGCAGGGCAAGAUCAGUGCCAGUGCAUGGUGUGUAGAUGUGGGGCCUGACAUCAAAGUGACUGACAAUCCCAUCACUGAUUGUGUUGUGCAUUCCCAACUUUGCCACUUCCCUUCCUCUCUCUGCCUCCCUUGCUCACCUAGUGGCACAUUAUGUUGGAUGGUUGCAGCACAGUGUAAAAACGAUAUGGGAGAAGCAGGAGGCAAUGACAUCUAGAAUCCCUGUGGAGCCUGGAUACACGGUGUACUGUAAGCUAUCUUUUGGGAACUCCUUGUUACUAAUACAAAGGGAGCAAAUAGAUGCAAAUGCAUACAACACCCUUGUAAAUCAAACCAUUUGGGUUGUGGAAGAGUGGUCAUACACCUAAGUUAUUGGGAGUCAUUAUUGCUUCUGGAGCUAAGAGAACUCCUGCUGAAGAGACACUGGCAAGGUUGGUAAGUAGAAGCAUGUGGAUUAGGAUCUGGAGUGCAGGACUGGCAUUCAAGAGUUCCUGUGCCUCGAGAAGAUACAGUUAGUUGUUUUAGGAUGCCCAAGGCACAUUGCAGUCCAGAAGGUGUUUCUGUGAUCUUUAUGAAAGGGAGAACCUUUUGCCAUCUGCUGUGCUAGGAUCUAAAGAAAGGUUGCACAGCGGAGUUGGUAAUACCAUGUGUUUCCCCCUUCUUUAGAACAGGGGAUCGUGUAAACUCAGCUCCCCCAGCAGGGGUUGGCUAAUAGCAAAUGCACACUGCUCAGUGAAACGCUGUAUCUUAGGUGCUAUCUGCCUUUCUGCACAUCCCCAGCUUAGCAGACACGUUGUUUUAGAAGUGUCUGUUGGUUUGUUGAUAAAAAGAGAGCAGAGAUGCCUGGCUCCUCCUGCAGCACAGCAACGCUUGUGUUGCUCUGGGGAAACUGACUGGACCGGCUGCUUUCAGGAGCAGCUCCUGUUCAUAGGUGGGUUAUAAGUUGGGUGUUCUGACCUUGCCUCUGCCCCUUCAGGAGGAGCAUGGAAAAAAACCCCACGAGAGGGAGGGGAAAUACGCACUGGAGCUGCCCACUCAGGAUCCUUACUUGGCCGUUCCACAGUGCCACAAAUGUCAGUGAAGGGACAGCGUUGGAUGCUGGAGGCCGGGGGUGUACUGCCUCUUCCACACUGAUGCUGCAGGGCCAUCGCGUGCACUCACACCACCACGUUGCCAGGAUUGUGCAUAACUGCUUGUUUUUUGACAGUGCAAACUCAGCUUUGUAAAUGUUGGGGGAAAAUGAUAUCUGAGUUUUCUGUAUCUGCCAAUAUUUAAUUCAGGGAGCAAAUAAAAACCAUCCUGGUGAUA